CACAACCGGACGGUUCUGUAUGCACUGGGGACAUUCGAUAGGGGGGCGAUAGCGCGUUGCCCAAACAAAUCGCUCACAUGGCGCACUAAACACAUACUUUAAAGUUAACGGCACUUGGAAUUUAGGACGUCACAUUUAAUCUCACCUUGGAGUCGUCAUCAAACAGCCAAUGGGGAUAUUUGUUGACGCAGUGAGCGACCAACGAGGGCAGUCGUGAAGGAGUUCCACUAUUGCCUAUUGCCACCAGCAAGGGUAUAUAAACUGCCGAUGGAGUCUGAAGAAGGUUUGAAGCAAGUCAAUAACAGCCGAAACAUACUGAACACAGACUCCAAGAGCAGCGAAACAGAAGAGCCGUUACGUUUGCUAUAGGCUUUAAUUUUUAUUUGAAAAACUUUUUGCCGUGUGUUAUGCAAGUUCCAUAAAUUCAGCUAUUGAUUAUUUUAUAUAUUUAUAACUGUUUUCUUCUAAAUCACAUCUGACAUCCUGUGUUGAUGUUAACAGAGCUGGCACAGAGGUGCUAGGCUAUACCUUGCAAAAAAAGGUAUAUUCAGAAGUUAAAGGAAUCUGCCGAACACAGUAGCAAUGCCUUACGAUCUAGGUGUGUUUGACAGCCGGGCCGAUUAUAAAUCAGAGAAACAGUGCCAAAGAACCUCCUUUGCCUUCUACCAAGCAGUGCGGGACCUGUUACCAGUAUGGGUGCUCGAGGACAUGCGGACUAUGGAAGUGUUUCAUUGGGAAGAAGAAGGGCGGGCAUGCUCUUUUACUCCACCCGAGGCUUUUCUGUAUGCACUUGUUCAUGACCAUCAACAAUACGCCAAUUUCCUCCUCAACAGAUACUCUGUUGGUGCACUGGAGAUGCCCAGUCAAAGCUUCUGCUGCUGCCAAGCAUCAGCAACACCGCAUCUCACAGUAGCUGUUCGCUAUAAUCGUAUUACUAUCCUGAAAAUGAUCAUGGACUCCCUAAAAGACUUCUCUGAUAGUGAGCGCCAGAGCUACUUGAACACCCGUGGAUGUUUUCACAUGCAAGGAGGCAAAGCCGCAUUGCAUCUGGCGUGCGAACUGGUGCGCCCUGAGUGUUUGAUUAUGUUACUAGGACACGGUGCAUGUCCUUAUGUCACAGACCGAGAUGGGAACACCCCCUUGGACUGCCUCCUAAAUCAGAUACGUCAGGGCGAGCCUGACAUGCGUAGCAAGCACGUCUGCCUUGGUUACCUCAUUCUCUUCAUGCCAAAAUUCAAUUUUCAAAUGAAGGGACAGUUGCAGAAGAAUCCAGGGCUGUGGCAGAGUCUUAUUGGAGAGCAGGCGUUCCAGUGGCUCUUAGAACUAUCUCCUCCCUCUCUCUUUGUUCAGGCUAUGCAUAAGAUGACCCAGUCUAAACCUGUUAAACAGUUGGACUCUCUGCCAGACUUUCUGAAACCACUGGACUUCAGGCUACACCGGUAUACCAGAUGAAACUACUCGACAGGUUUAUUUUUGGCUAUGGUGUGAACGAUUUAAUAGUGUGAAUAAAAUGCAGUAUGCAGCUUUGUAAAUAGGAACAACAACUCAAAAGGUUAUUUCAUUUUGAUGUUUAAAAACAAUGCACUAUAGAAUACACAUCUGGACUUGAAUGUUGCAAUGUAAAUAAGAGUUGUGUACA